ACAUUCAUAUAAAAACAAAAAUUUGCAUAAGUAUUUUCUAUAAAUCAAGAGAGCUCAAGCCCGCUCAGAGCACGUUUUGAAGCUUACGCUUAGUUGUGUUUUGAUUGCGAUCAGCGACGAUCAAAAUAAUCAUGCAGUUCAAACAGGAAUUGCUCUUUGUGUUAUUGAUUUUAAAAUUGAUAACGGCCAAACACUUAGAGCCCGCUAUGCCUUCUUUGUCAGCAAGGCCAUCAGUUACAUACGAUGUACAAUACGUUAUUGGUGGCGAAAUUGCGCUUCCCAAAGAAUUUGCAUCCAUGGCACGCUUGGGUCACCGCAAUGAGUUGAACGUCACCAACUGGUUAUGUGGUGGAACUUUGAUUAGUAAUCGCUUAGUGCUGACUGCAGCUCAUUGUCUAUAUUCUGACGUUGGAGCUAUUAAUAUAGUGCGCCUGGGCGAACUGGACUUUUCUCUCUUAAGUGAUGAUGCUGAUGCCGAAGAUUUUGGUGUACGAACUAUUACAGAACAUCCAGACUUCAAAUAUCCAAAUCUGUAUAACGACAUUGCAAUUGUAAUGUUGUCCAGAGUCGUCAGAUUCAAUGCAUAUAAAGCGGAAGCUUGCUUGCCAUUUGAGAAUGGCGAUGCUACUUCAAACUUUAUUGCCACUGGUUGGGGCGAUGUUGCACUGGCGGGCAAAGAAUCUUCUCGCCUGAUGAAAGUCGAGCUUAGUAAUUAUGGCAAUAAUUGUUCUUUGGCUAAAGAUAUCGAAGAGCUGCCGAACGGCUAUAAUGCCACCACUCAACUUUGCAUUGGCUCACAUGAGCGCAAGGACACAUGCAACGGUGACUCUGGUGGCCCUGCGCUGAAAUAUAAUGGAGUGUAUCCAUGCAUUCACUUCAUAAUGGGAAUAACCUCAAUUGGCAUUGGAUGUGGUAUACCCAAUCAACCCACGAUUUAUACGCGCGUACACUUCUAUAGAGAUUGGAUCCUGCAGCACAUAGAGAGAAGUCAGUUAAUUUGGUUGUAAUUUAUAAAUAGAGAAUAACUAUUUGCAUUUAUUGGUCAAUAAACAUGUUUAUUAUUCAUAAA